AGAUGGUCAUAUUCCUGCUCCUGGCGGCCCUUCUUCUGUUCCCCACUGGGGAGGCAGGGAAAAUCAUCGAGGGCCAAGAGGCCAAGCCUCACUCCCGUCCUUACAUGGCGUAUCUUCAGUCCAAGACUUCAAGGGAAACUCACAUGUGUGGGGGUUUCCUCGUGCGUGAGGACUUCGUGCUGACAGCAGCUCACUGCCAGAGAAGAUCAAUUAAGGUCAAACUGGGGGCCCACAACAUCAAGAAGAAGGAGAGGACCCAGCAGGUCAUCCGGGUGAGAAGAGCCAUCCCCCACCCAGGCUAUAAUAAUAAGAAUCAUGUCAACGACAUCAUGUUACUGCAGCUGAAGAGGAAGGCCAAAUUGACCGCCACUGUGAGCACCAUCCAUCUGCCCAGCGGCUCAGAUACGGUGAAACCAGGGAUGCUGUGCAGUGUGGCCGGCUGGGGACGCCUCUAUGUGAAUGGCUCCACCACAGACAAACUGCAGGAGGUAGAGCUUGAAGUCCAAAGGGAUGAGGAAUGCAAAGUUCGCUAUAAACAUUAUAACACUGACACCCAGAUAUGUGUGGGAAAUCCAAGGAUGAGGAAGAAUGCUAUGAAAGGUGACUCCGGGGGCCCGCUCGUGUGUAACGGUGUGGCCCAGGGCAUUGUGUCCUAUGGAGCAGAUACACCUCCAGAUGUCUACACCAGAAUCUCAAGUUUUCAGCAAUGGAUCAAAGAAACAAUGAAAACGUACAAACUUCAGGGACCAGACUGAGGUCCCCCAGGAUUGUUCUUUCCAU